UUGGCAAGCAGGGGGCGUAACACUAUUAGAGCACUUAAUUAUUGAUAGAAGAUUUAUAACACCCCAGGAACUACAAAAUAAACAUGGAAUAAAUCACUUCUCGGAAUACCAGCAACUGAAAUCUAUAAUUACUAAAAAAGUUAAAUGCAUUUGUAACCCACAUAAAAAAUUAACAGCUCGCAUGGGAAAUACAAAACAGGUCAAAACUACCUUUAAAAGACUAACAGUUCCUGUUGUGGGACAAAGAGGGGCUGAGGAAAAUAAGCAAUGUCCCUCAGAUAAAGUAAAUGAACACAAACCCAGAACUAAACCCAAAAGAGUGGGCACCAGAAACUGUCAAACCGUGUACACAUUCCACUGAACAACAUUCAAAGUGCAGUCAAAUUUUUGAACUCCCCAAAAGAUUGAUCGGCCUCAAAAGUACAGCUCAUGUCACCAUAAAUGAAGAGAAUGUGAACUGCCUCCUUGACUCAGGUUCCCAAGUAACUACUGUGCCUGAGUCGUUUUCCAAGCAGCAUCUUUCAGAUCAGAAACCCUGAAAGCAUUGUUCGACAUUUACUCAGAGACUGAAAUAAAUCACUGUAAGCCCCUCCCAUAUGGCUACAAUGUAGUUUUCAAAGCCAUUGAGCUAAGACGGAAGAAGGCAAGCAACAACCACCAAGGAGUUGUGAAAAUGCGAGGAAAGAGCCCCGAAGUUAUUCCAGCUGGUGGAACUGUGGUGAUAGAAGGAGUCGCUCUGGCCAGUGGUCUGCAAGAGGAGAAGUCGGUGGUCAUCAAGUAUCCGUCGUCAUCCCCCUUGCCAGGAGGGCUGCUAAUAAAAGCUGGGUUAAUAACUUUCCCUGAACUACGGCCUCAUAAGCUGCCGGUUGUCAUAACCAAUGAGUCUAACCAUGACAUCGUCAUCCCUGGAAGGUGCACUAUUGCAGAAAUUAGUGCCUAUCAGACUAUCCUGCUAAAAGAGCACAGUAUAAUCAGUCAAAAAGAGACCGAAAGAAAAUUAGUCAUCCCAACCACCCACACUGAGCUUCAACUUUGGUGACUCCUCAGUUCCACUGGAGUGGAAAGAGCGCAUCACAAAGCAGCUAAACAACAUGUCUGAUGUGUUUGCACACCAUGACCUGGAUUUUGGGCAAACUGAUAAGGUCAACCAUCACGUAAACCUUUCAGAUCAAACCCCUUUCAAGCUCCGUAGCCGGCCGAUACAUCCACAGGACAUUGAAGCUGUGCUCAAACACAUCCAGGAGCUUCUCAAUGCAGGAGUCAUCAGGGAGUCAGAAUCCCCAUUUGCUUCACCUAUAGUGGUUGUCCAGAAAAGGAACGGCCAAGUCAGGUUGUGCAUCGAUUAUAGGCGUCUGAACUCUCAAACUAUAAAAGAUGCAUACAACCUUCCCAAACUUGAGGACACAUUCUCGGCCUUAAAUGGUUCCCAGUGGUUCUUGGUCCUAGACCUGAAAUUGGGGUACUACCAGAUUGAGGUCGAUGAAGCAGAUAAACCAAAGACAGCCUUUGUGUGUCCUCUCGGGUUCUGGGAGUUUAACCGGAUGCCUCAAGGUGUGACUAAUGCCCCCAGUACCUUCCAAAGAUUGAUGGAAAAGUGCAUGGGGGAUAUGCAUUUGCGGGACGUGCUGGUUUUCCUUGAUGAUAUCAUAGUAUUCUCAGGAACACUUGAGAAGCAUGAAGAGAGACUCCUCAGGGUGCUCCAACGUCUCAAAGAUUAUGGCUUGAAGCUAUCCCCAGAAAAAUGUGUUUUCUUUCAGACACUAGCUAUAGAUGGCUUGCUGCGCUAUCUACGUUUUCAUUCAAGCUUCUCUAUCGUCCUGGAAAGCAGAACGGAGAUGCAGAUGGACUUUCUCGGAGACCACAUGGGGUGUUAAUGGAUGAUCUGAAGUCGCAGAAGGAGAAAGAACGCAUCCAACAGUUCACACAAGAUCUCCUCUCUGAUCCAGAAAACAUUAAUGCACUAGGUCAGUUGGUUGUGAAAGCGAUCUGUGAGAGGCAGCUCACUUACGGUAUCAGUCCAGAUGGCAGGGAAGAAGACGAUGCAAACUGUGUUGCCUUGGUAGAGAUUCUAACCAUGUCCCCCACUGCAGUACCUGACAGCUAUGGACAAGAGGACCAGUGUGGGGCCCUGCCAACCAUCCCUCAUCUGACGGAGACAGAGCUAGCAGAUGCUCAAAGGGCUGAUCAGUGUAUCAAACAUGUUAUUGCUCAGAUUGAACAUGGGGACAUGCCACCUCCCACAUUACGCACUCAGCAUCCGGACCUGCCACUCUUGCUUCGGGAAUUAAACCGGCUUGAGCUCCAUGAUAACAUCUUGUACAGACGACGCCAGGUUGGAGCCCGGGCAACCUACCAACUAGUACUACCAGCCAGGUUUUGUGAUACAGUCCUCACCAGCUUACAUGACCACAUGGGUCACAUGGGAGUCGAUCGAACGCUGGACCUUGUAAGGACCAGAUUCUAUUGGCCAAGGAUGGUCGCAGAUGUGGAGAAGAAAGUAAAGACCUGUAGCAGGUGCAUACGCACGAAGGCUCGACCAGAGAAGGCUGCCCCUUUGGUCAAUAUCAGCACCACUCGACCCCUUGAACUCCUUUGCAUGGACUUCUUGUCAUUAGAACCUGACAAAAGUGGAACCAAAGACAUACUGGUGAUCACAGACCACUUUACUAAGUUCGCAGUUGCCAUUCCAACGCCCAACCAAAAGGCUCGAACUGUAGCAAAGUGUAUGUGGGAAAACUUCAUGGUGCACUAUGGUAUCCCAGAAAAGUUGCAUAGUGACCAGGGUCCAGACUUUGAGUCUCGAACAAUCGCUCUGUCAAGUAGCGGGUAUCCACAAAGUUAGGACAACCCCUUAUCACCCACGGGGCAAUCCUGUGGAAAGAUUUAAUCGCACCCUGCUUGACAUGCUAGGCACUCUUAAAGACCAAGACAAGUCCUGUUGGCGGGAGCAUGUAAGACCUCUGGUCCAUGCUUAUAAUUGUACGAGAAAUGAUGUGACGGGAUUCACUCCAUAUGAGCUGAUGUUCAGGCGUCAACCGUGUCUGCCAGUUGAUCUCGCUUUCAAGUUGCCAGUACAAGAAAACCAGUCCCCAUCUCACUCAGACUAAUGUGAAAAACCUUAAAUUCCGUCUCAAAGAAAGCUAUAAGAUAGCUAUGGAAAAAGCUGCAAAAACAGCUCAAAAGAACAAAGCAAGAUACGACAGACAUGUCAUCACCUCAGAUCUAGAAGAAGGGGACCGGGUUCUGGUCAGAAAUGUUCGUCUUCGAGGCAAACAUAAGAUCUCUGACAAGUGGGAACAGACUGUCCAUGUGGUGGUGAAAAGAGCAGGAACCCUCCCAGUGUACACAGUGAAACCAGAGAACAAAGACGGUUCUCUACGGACACUGCAUAGAGACUUGUUACUUCCCUGUGGUUACUUAUCUGAGGAGGGGACCCCUGAGCCUGUGAAAAACCCAGCGCCACGUAGGCCAAGGACUCGUACAACAACUCCUGUUGAAGAUGAUUCUUCAGAUGAAGAAGAGAGUAUCCUCAUCCCAGUUUAUUUUGACCCGACCGUAACCAGAGCCUCUCAUGAUCCUGAACAGUCUACUCCAUCACUGACUGAUGGCCAUGGUGUUGACGGUGGUAAACCUUCUGGUGUUUCCCCAAUAGAGAGCCCUAUACCUACUCGUGACGUUAACAUUAACAGCUCAUCGGCUGGUGACAACUUACCAGAUCUUGACAAACAAUCUGAUUUUGACAACUUACCUGAGAUGACCCACAGUGCUUCGGAUGAGCCA